UUUUCAGAUAACAAAUUUUGGUUUCAAAAUGUCCGGUUGCUUCAUUGACAUACUACCAAAAUGGAUUUCUAGUUCAUCAAAUCGUCAAAAAAAUUUACAACAGGAGAGCCCACUGCUCAGUAUACCUCUGGACGUUGCUAACCAAGUUUUGGAAAAGUUGGAGCCUAUGGAUCUAUGGACCUGUCGUAAUGUGUGUCAAGGACUGAGACGCGCUGUUGAUGGAUUUGGAAUUCAUUUUGACACAAUUGUAUUGAGUAUACACGACAGUGGCAUUUGUAUAACACUGGACAACAACACUAUAGAUUACGAUCAACUGUUAAAUGAUGAAGGUACAUCUGUGGUUUACAAGAAACAGGAAAAGAUAUUCAAAAAACAAAACUACGUAAAAGUAGCGGUAAAGGACUUUGGAAUACUAUUGCGUUACGCAUCGAAAUUACAUAUAAGUUCUGUUCACACAUGCUACAAGACCGAUAUGUAUUUUACUGCAAAACAUCUUCUAAGGACUUUAACAGCCAAAAAAUGGAAUCACGUCGAGAAACUAGAAUUUUGGAAAGUACCCCUUGAUUUUGUACUUUCUAUUCUUCCACACUUCAAAUCUCAAGGACUGGAAAGUAUAAUACUGUGGAAUACUUACUUAUGGGAUGAUACAAAUAAUCUAUUUGAACAAAUCACUAAAUUGGAUCAAUGGAAAAACACGAAGAAUUUCCGUUUUGAUAAUUAUGAGCUAGAAUGCCCACCCUUCGAACACCUGUUCCACUUCCAAACGUUUAAAAUUCACAUACUCAAAUUUUCAGUAGAAAAUGCUAUUCAAUUCAGAGAUGACCUACUAAAGAGAAAGACAUUCGAAAAGUGCGCGGUCAAAAUUGGUAUUACAAAUGAAUCUGUUGAUCCAUCUGAACUUUCAAGAGUAUUUAAGUCGGAUUAUAAUGGUGAGAGUGAUUUUGAAUAUUCAAACGAUUUGGGCAGAUUUGCAAUUUACUGUCAGUGUAGUCGAUUGUUCAUAAAGAGAUGUUAAUAAAAAAAUGUUUAUUAUU